AUGAUAAGUAGAGUCAAACUAUUAUCUUUAUCUUCUACUUUAAAUAAAAGAUGUAUUCAAUCAUCUUUAAUAUCAUCAUCUUUAAAUCAUAUUAGUAAUAAUUAUAGUUGUAAAAGUAGUAGUAGUAGUAAUACAUUGUCAUCAUUAUCAACUUUAAAUAGAUAUAAUCAUAUUCACAAUCAUCAUCAUGGUAGUAUGAUGAGAUAUUAUAGUUCUGAUAAAGAAUCAGGUAUCCAAUUUCAACAUUCAGAAUCUUUUAAAGAAUUAUUAGAGAAUAUGGAUGGUGAUCAAUUAAGAGAUUAUGCUGAAAAUGUUGGAGCAAUAAAUCAAAUUGAACAAAAGGAUGCAACCUAUUCUAAUUUAUCAUUUAUGGAUAAGAUUAGAAUUAAAUGUAAAGCUGGUGAUGGUGGAGCUGGUUGCGUAAACUUCUUUAGAGCUAAAUAUAUUCCUCUAGGACCUCCAGAUGGAGGCAAUGGAGGUAAUGGGGCGAGUAUUAUCAUUCGUUCAGAUCUACAUGAAAACAAUUUGGCACAUUUAGAGAGACAUUAUGUUGGGGACAGUGGUGAAAAGGGAAAGGGUGCUAAAAAGACUGGUAAGGAUGGUGACGACAUUAUCAUUCAUGUGCCACCCGGCACGAUCAUUAGAGAGGUGGAACAUUUCUAUGGUGACGCAGAGUCAUUGGCAGCUGCAGAGGAUGAAGCUAGAUUAGACCCAAAUUCACCAACCUUUGACCCAGAAUAUUUUAUGCAAAAGAUGAACGAACCGGUUUUACUGGAUGGCAAAAAGGUCAAUAAUAACAAACAAAAAGCUGGUAAGCGAAUGUGGAAGGUGAAUAGAAUAGUUGGUGAGAUGCAUGGGUAUGGAGAGGAGAUUGUCUUGUUGCAGGGUGGAAGAGGUGGAAAGGGCAAUGCCAACUUUGCAACGGGCAGAAACAGAUCGCCCGAGUAUGCGCAGCCGGGGCUCAAGGGUGGCGACAAAUACUUUGAGUUGGAACUCAAGAUCAUUGCCGAUGUUGGGUUGGUCGGCUACCCCAACGCUGGCAAGAGCACGCUAUUAUCUCGUGUCUCUAAUGCGAUCCCCAAGAUUCGAAACUAUGCAUUCACAACCCUACACCCAUAUGUUGGUGUGAUGGACUUUCCACAUGUCAUUGACCGCACCAUCAAGCUGUCGCGACGAGGACGUGGCGGUGACGGCAGUGCGGGAAGCAGCAGCGUUGAAAAGGCAAAGGGCAAACUGGAAAAGGCGACCAUGGCCGAUUUGCCGGGUAUCCUCGAAGGCGCCCACCUCAACAUUGGAUUAGGUCUCGACUUUCUCAAACACAUUGAACGUACCAAAGUACUCUGCUAUGUGAUUGAUAUGUCCAAUGAGGGAGUGCCAUCUCUGUGGGAUGGAAAGAAACUAAAGGUCAAACCAGACCGUUACAAAAAGAUCCGCGAGGAUCAAGAAAAACUCAAAGAAGUGACACAAGAGAUUAGAGCACGUUCCAAAGAGAUGGAACAACGGUCUCCUUGGGGCGACUUUGUCACAUUGUUGGAAGAGUUGGAAAACUAUCAACCGGGUCUCACCAAGAAGCCAUCGAUCAUUAUUGCCAACAAAAUGGACGGACCCUUUUCACAAGAUCAUUUGGAUGUAUUCAAAAAAGCAACGGCUCAUCUCAUCGACAAGGAAAACACCACCAUCAUUCCAAUCAGCGCAUACCAUAUGGACGACAACCAAGUCAUCGAAUUGAAAACAAACCUUAAAAAACUAUUAGAAAUCUAUUUAAUUCAAAUCAGAGAACAACAACAACAAUUGGAACAAGAGAUGAAAUUGGCAGAGGAAAAUAAGGAACCAGAAAUUGUAAAAAGACAACAUUAUAAAAAAUCAAAAAAGAAAUCAUCAUCAUCAUCGUCAACAAUAGCAGCUGAUCUUUUACAAAGAGGUGAACAUGAAGUUAUCAUUGAUGGUGAAGAUAUAGAAAUAGAUGUUGGAAAAUUUAAAGACAACGAAAAAGAGGUGGAAAUGGAAAUGAAAAUGGAAGUAGAAGAGAAACCACGUCGUCGUUUAUCACGUAAUUUACAAAGAUUAAUAUCCAAAUAA